AUGGGAAAACUCAAGCUGCCUACCAAGACCGAUAUCACUGCACCGUUCCAGUCCAAACACGCCUUCGUUCAAUUCUUGCGGGCCCCUCAGGGCAAUGAAGGACAUGCUACAGUGGGCGACGCCAAGUGGUCGAACAAAGACCUCGAACCGACGCCAGUUGAGCAAAGAACAUGGACAUGGUAUAACCUGCCACUGUAUUUUGGAUGGAACACAGGCUCUUCGCUGAUUACUAUCGGUCUGACAUGGCAACACUCUUUCGUGUCCGUAUGCGUUGGAUCGUUCCUCACUGCAAUCGUGGUAGUGCUCAUGGCUCGACCAGGUGCAAAAUAUCACAUUGGAUUUCCUGUCCUGGCUCGCUCUGUGAUGGGAAUGUACGGAUCGUUCUUCUUCGUCGCAAUCAGAGCCGUCGUUUGCAUCAUUUGGUACGGCAUACAGACGUUUUAUGCCGGUAACAUCUUGUCCGUCAUGUUUCGAUGCAUGUUCGGCAGUUCAUGGGAGAACAUGCCAAACACGCUACCCGCAAGUGGCGGGAUUACUUCUAAGCAGCUUUUGGCCUUUUUCAUUGCUUGGAUCCUUCAGUUUCCCUUCGCGUGGGUCCAUCCGAACAGGAUCCAUCACAUAUUUACCAUCAAGGGCUUCACUAUGCCGAUCGCAGCAUUUGCACUGUUCGGCUGGUGCAUGGCUAUUGGAGGCGGUUUGAGCACCCUGGAUCUCGCUCAUAGUGGCCAAACAUCGACAGUCCCACUGGGAUGGGCCAUCAUGUCUGGUAUCAACUCCAUCUUUGGCUCUCUUUCCCCGAUGCUUGUCAACCAACCCGAUCUUGCACGAUACUGCAAGAAAACUCGAGACGCCGGUCUCUUACAAGGCGUUAGUGUCUUCUUUCCUGCUAUUCUGGUGAUGUUCCUUGGCAUGGCAUCGACGACUUCUAUCCAAGGAGUAUGGGGCGAAGCUUACUGGAACGUUUGGGAUAUGUUCGACGCCAUACUCGACCAUUACUGGAGUGCUGGCUCACGAACCGCCAUAAUUCUCAUCGGACUGGCCUUCUUCUUCGGGACAUUUGUUACGAAUUUUGGCGCCAACUCCAUUCCCUUUGGAGCUGAUAUGACAGGACUUGCACCGAAAUGGCUGACGAUCCGCCGAGGCCAGAUCUUGUGUGCAAUUCUUGGUGUCGUUGUCCAGCCAUGGCAGCUCAUGGCCAACGCGUCCGCUUUCUUGAGCUUCCUUGGAUCGUACAACAUCUUCAUGGCACCACUGUGUGCAGUCAUCAUCAUGGACUAUUUUAUUGUUCGGAAAGGCAAUAUACAUGUCCCUUCAUGUUACAAUGGACGUCCCUCUGGUCUAUAUUGGUACUGGUGUGGCAUCAAUUCCAGCGGUGUCGCCGCCUGGUUGAUCGGUACAUCGAUGGGUAUCCCAGGCCUCGUUGGGCAAUACCAGCCCCAGAUUAUUUCGAAUGCCGCCAAGUAUAUGUAUAUGAUGGGGUGGCUGUUAACUUUUACGACAUCAGCGACGAUCUACUACGCCAUCUCACUCUUCAUCGAACCACAAGUCUUCCCCACUGGACGAGAAAGCACACCGUUCACCUGGGAAUGGCUGGGUAACGAAGGUCGGGAAGGCUUUUAUCAGGGCGAGAUGGAUGAUGGAGCUCUUUUUGCACCGCCCACGCCGCCUGGAACGGAUAGAGAAGAAUACCAGAUUGGGGAGAAAGGACAUAAGUCAAGCAUUUAA